UUAAAGUUUUAUUAAAAGCCAUCAAUUAAUCGUAAACAGUAAUUACAAAUAUGCUUGAAUUGAAACGUAGCUUUAUAACCUAAAGAAGUGUGGGAUACAAUAGUAUAGUUUGUUGUUUUUUUGUUAAAAAAUAUUGUUUAAAAUUCACAAUAUUUCGAAAUAAGUGCUUAAUUUCAUCUUGGGAGAAUAUGGCAUCGACAAGAAACUGGGGCUUCUGUGACCUAUCCCUCGGUAAAAAAUACGACGUCAAUAAGUUAUAUUUCUUAGAGAGACUUGGUUACAACACAGUUGCUAUAAACACGCAUGUUGAAGAACCCAGUGAAGAACCAAAGAAGAAAAAGAAAAAAGGUGAAGCUAGGGAAUUUCAAGACUACAUACCUGCUCCGGUAGAAAUUCCUGAAGAUGUAAAAGAAAACUUGAAACUUCAUAUUCUUCAACGUGUAACAAUAGAGUUCUCCGAGUCUAGCAUUGCCCAUAAAAUUAAUCGUUCUGAAAAUAUCAAAAAGUAUGAUUUUGUUGCUGUAGUGCCGAAAACAUUGCAAGCUUUUCAAUAUGCCUGUGGCACUUUAGACAUUGAUAUAAUCAGUUUCAACCCUGAGACAAGAAUACCUUUCAAAGUUAGCCGUAAACUUUACCGACAAGCUGUAGAUCGAGGAAUUUUCUUCGAACUCAUGUACUCACCAGCUAUCAGAGAUACAACGGCGAGGAAAAAUAUUAUAAGUACAGCGCACAUGUACCAUGCAGUUGGCAAGUCUAAAAACAUAAUUGUGACCAGUGGAGCGGAGGACUCUUCACAAGUUCGCGACGUGCACGACGUCAUCAACUUGGGAUUUAUCUUAGGACUGAACAGUAGCCAGAGUCUAGAAGUUAUCAGAACCAACACUAGAAAGCUGAUUGUAAAGGCUGAAGGAAGAAAGUGUGGGAAACUGUAUAUGACUGUUAGAACUCUAACUGAAAAUGAUGAGAAUAAAACACCUGCCUCCUGAACUCGUAUUUUAUAAAUUUAUAGCCUUUUAAAAUCUUAUCAAAAAUUAUAUAAUUAUAAUCUUAUUUGUCUACAAAUACAAAUAGCAUCACAGUUAGGAAACAUUUGUACACAUACAUAAUAUUAUUAUUUGAAACUUCUCUUGAUCUAAGUAUG